AGUGCGCAUGCCCAAUCAGCCUUCGCGCUAACUGCGCAUGCCUCGGCGGUUAUAGCCAUCAGGACAAGGGAAGAAUCCCAAGAGUUCAAAGCUACAGUUGAGACCCUGCCCCUUCUUCUCCAGAGUAACCGUCAUUUUCCUCUCGUGGACGGUUUCUCCUCGGACCUUUUUUCAGUCUCAGACCUGUCAGGACGAGAGAUAGGAUGUCCGGUGGUGUCUUGUCACAGGCCAGUCCCGGCGCUGAGUGAGACAAGGCCAGGCCGGGCGGCGGGUGACCGGGAAAGGGAUGUCGCCUCCGUCCCCCGACGUUGGGUUUUGCCGCUGCCGCCUUUGGCGGCUCCCGUUGUCUCUAUCCUCCGGUGGUUCUGGUCGCUCCCCGCGACCUUCACUCCAAGCCCGGGAGCAACGUCGGGCUCGACAGUGAUUCCCGUCGUUUCCCCCCCACCCCUUAGGGGGCGGGACGGGGCAGGCAAGAUGCAAGCGGCUCCGCUGCAGUACGAGUUCUUCAGUGAAGAGAAUGCACCCAAGUGGCGGGGUCUGCUUGUGGCCGCCCUAAAAAAGGUUCAGAUGCAAGUCCACCCCAAACUAUCUUCUACAGAAGAUGCUUUGCAGUAUGUUGAGGAGUUAAUUCUGCAGUUACUAAAUAUGCUGUGUCAAGCUCAGCCAAGAAGUUUCUCAGAUGUAGAGGAUCGUGUCCAAAAAAGUUUUCCUCAUCCAAUUGAUAAAUGGGCAAUAGCUGAUGCGCAAUCUGCCAUUGAAAAGAGGAAGAGAAGAAAUCCGUUAUUUCUUCCAGUAGAAAAAAUCCAUCCACUCUUAAAGGAAGUCCUGGGAUAUAAAGUUGACCAUCAAGUAUCUGUUUACAUUGUAGCUGUAUUGGAAUACAUUUCUGCAGAUAUUUUAAAACUGGUUGGAAACUAUGUUCGAAAUAUAAGGCAUGAUGAAAUUACUAAGCAGGACAUCAAAGUGGCAAUGUGUGCUGAUAAGGUGUUGAUGGAUAUGUUCCAUCAAGAUGUAGAGGAUAUUAGUACCCUGACGUUAUCUGAUGAGGAACCUUCCACAUCAGGAGAACAAACCUAUUAUGAUCUUGUAAAGUCAUUCAUGGCAGAAGUUCGACAAUAUAUAAGGGAACUCAAUCUCAUAAUAAAAGUUUUUAGAGAACCUUUUGUUACCAAUCCAAAAUUGUUUUCAGGUCAUGAUGUAGAAAAUAUAUUCAGCCGAGUAUCAGAUAUUCAUGAACUUAGUGUGAAAUUGCUAGGCCAUAUUGAAGAUACAGUAGAAAUGACUGAUGAAGGCAGUCCCCAUCCAUUAGUAGGAAGCUGUUUUGAAGAUUUAGCUGAGGAGCUAGCAUUUGAUCCUUAUGAAUCAUACACUCAGGAUAUUUUACGGACUGGCUUUCAUGAUCAUUUUCUUAGCCAGUUAUCAAAGCCCGGAGCAGCCUUCUAUUUGCAGUCAAUUGGAUAUGGUUUUAAAGAAGCUGUUCAGUAUGUUUUACCUAGGCUACUUCUAGUUCCUGUUUACCAUUGUCUUCACUAUUUUGAACUUUUAAAGCAAUUAGAAGAGAAGAGUGAAGAUGAAGAAGAUAAAGAAUGCUUGAAGCAAGCAAUUACAGCUCUGCUUAAUCUUCAGAGUAGUAUGGAAAGGAUUUGUUCCAAAAGUCUUGCGAAGAGAAGGCUUAGUGAAUCUGCAUGCCGAUUCUACAGUCAACAAAUGAAGGGGAAGCAGCUAGCAAUCAAGAAAAUGAACGAGAUCCAGAAGAAUAUAGAUGGAUGGGAAGGAAAAGACAUUGGACAGUGCUGCAAUGAAUUUAUUAUGGAGGGAACACUCACACGUGUGGGUGCCAAACAUGAAAGACAUAUAUUUCUCUUUGAUGGUUUGAUGAUUUGUUGUAAGUCAAAUCAUGGCCAACCAAGACUGCCUGGUGCUAGCAAUGCAGAAUAUCGUCUGAAAGAGAAAUUUCUUAUGCGAAAGGUACAGAUCAAUGAUAAAGAUAACACUAACGAGUACAAGCAUGCUUUUGAAAUCAUUUUAAAAGAUGAGAACAGUGUUAUUUUUGCUGCUAAAUCGGCUGAAGAGAAGAACAACUGGAUGGCAGCCUUGAUCUCUUUACAAUACAGAAGUACCCUGGAGCGCAUGUUAGAUGUAACAAUGUUGCAAGAAGAGAAAGAGGAGCAGAUGAGAUUUCCAAGUCCUGAGCUAUAUAGAUUUGCAGAACCUGAUUCUACAGAAAAUAUUGUUUUUGAAGAAAACAUGCAGCCCAAAUCUGGAAUCCCAAUUAUUAAGGCAGGAACUGUUGUCAAACUGAUUGAGAGGCUUACAUUCCACAUGUAUGCUGAUCCCAAUUUUGUUCGAACAUUUCUUACCACAUACAGAUCUUUUUGUAAGCCUCAGGAGUUACUGAGUCUCCUGAUAGAAAGAUUUGAAAUUCCAGAACCUGAACCGACAGAAGCAGAUCGUAUAGCUAUGGAGAAUGGAGAUCAACCUCUUAGUGCAGAAUUAAAAAGAUUUAGAAAAGAAUAUAUACAACCUGUACAGCUACGAGUAUUAAAUGUAUGUCGACACUGGGUGGAACAUCAUUUCUAUGAUUUUGAGAGAGAUGUAGAUCUUUUGCAACGAUUGGAAGAAUUCAUUGGCACAGUCAGAGGUAAAGCUAUGAAGAAAUGGGUUGAGUCAAUCACGAAGAUAAUUAAUAGGAAAAAGCAAGCACAAGCCAUUGGGCCAAGUCACAAUAUUACUUUUGAAAGCUCACCACCUCCAAUUGAGUGGCAUAUCAGCAGGCAAGGACAAACUGAAACAUUUGACCUGCUCACUUUGCAUCCAAUUGAAAUUGCCCGACAGCUUACUCUACUUGAAUCAGAACUUUACAGGGCUGUGCAGCCAUCAGAGCUCGUUGGAAGUGUAUGGACAAAGGAAGAUAAAGAAAUUAAUUCUCCUAACCUGCUCAAAAUGAUAAGACAUACCACUAAUCUUACCUUAUGGUUUGAAAAAUGCAUUGUAGAAACAGAAAACCUAGAAGAAAGAGUAAUGGUAGUCUGCCGGAUAAUUGAAAUCUUGCAAGUUUUUCAAGAGCUAAACAAUUUUAAUGGCGUUCUUGAAGUCGUCAGUGCUAUGAAUUCUGCACCUAUUUACAGACUGGAUCACACCUUUGAACAAAUCCCAAGCCGGCAAAAGAAGAUAUUUGAAGAAGCACAUGAACUAAGUGAAGAUCAUCAUAAGAAAUAUUUGGCAAAACUCAGGUCCAUUAAUCCUCCAUGUGUGCCUUUCUUUGGAAUUUAUUUAACAAACAUUUUGAAAACAGAAGAAGGCAAUCCUGAAUUUCUAAGAAGACAUGGAAGAGAACUCAUUAACUUUAGCAAACGGAGGAAAGUAGCUGAGAUAACAGGAGAAAUACAACAGUACCAAAACCAGCCAUAUUGCUUAAAGGUGGAAAAUGACAUCAGGAGAUUUUUUGAAAAUUUGAAUCCAAUGGGAAAUAGCAUGGAAAAAGAAUUUGCAGAUUCUCUUUACAACAAGUCCCUAGAAAUAGAACCACGUAAUAUGAAGCCGCCUCCAAGAUUUCCUAAAAAAUACAGCUAUUCCCUCAAAUCUCCGGGUAUUCGUCCAUCAAAUCCAAGACCUGGAACCAUGAGGCACCCAACACCUCUGCAACAAGAACCCAGAAAAAUUAGUUACAGUCGUGUCCCUGAGAGUGAAUCGGAGAAUGCAGCCUCUGCACCAAACUCUCCAAGAACACCCCUCACCCCACCCUUGCCGUCCUCUACUUCCAGCACUACAGAUGUCUGCAGUGUGUUUGAUUCUGAUCCCUCUACACCUUUUCAUUCAAGGUCUGCCUCUGUAUCCUCCAUCAGUUUUCCCAAAAAUUCUGAUGAAAUUACUGUUCCUCCUCCUAUUCCACCCCGAAGACGUCCAGAAUCUGCCCCUGCUGAAUCUUCUCCAUCAAAGAUUUCUUCUGUACACCUGGAUAGUCCACCAGCAAUUCCCCCUCGGCAGCCAACAACAAAAAUUUAUUCACCGAGGUAUUCGGUGCCCGACAGGACCUCUGUCUCAGAUGCUCCUGAAAGCCCACCUGUAUUGCCACCACGAGAACCUGUGCGAACUCCUGAUGUUUUCUCUAGUUCGCCUUUGCAUCUCCAGCCACCGCCUUUAGGCAGAAAAAGUGAACUUGGCAACACUUUCUUUCCCAAUAGCCCCUCUCCAUUUACUCCCCCUCCUCCUCAGACCCCUUCUCCCCAUGUUGCACGCAGGCAUUUACCAUCCCCUCCUUUGAUACCCCAAGAAAUGGACAUCCAUUCUGUCGCUGGGCCACCUGUUCCUCCACGGCAAAGCACUUCUCAACAUAUCCCAAAGCUUCCUCCAAAAACUUACAAAAGGGAGCCCACCCAUCCUUCAAUGCAUCACGACGGACCCUCUUUGCUGGAGAAUGCCCACUCCACCUGAAUCCUCCUUUGUGCUAGAGCAUGCUUUCUCCGGUGCUACGUCUAUUGCUGGCAAUAGAUGCACCACGUCUUUUGGCAACAAGGAGCUGCGUGGUACUGCUCCUAACACUAAUGACUCUACAUUUGAUAUAUAUAAUGUGGAAAAUAAUAAAUAACAGGUCCCUUUAUUGUGGAAGAAAAAUGUUGUUUGUUAGUAAAGUAUGCAAGGCACUGUUCUAAACUCACUGGACUUCUGAAUGUACCAGAAAUUAGGUUUGCAGAUCUCUUUAGGCCAAUAAACAUUUCCUGUGCUUUGUGUAUUGUCCAGUGAAGGAUGUGAAGCAUAAUCCUAUAAUCUGUCCACCGUGACAUAAAUUCUUGGAGUAAUAAUAUGCACUUUUAAAAAAAAAAAAUCUCAAACAGAGAAUUUGUUAGCCUUUUUAAUUUAAUUGUAUCAUUCCCUGCUUUCGAAUCGUUCUGGACUGUGAGGUUGAUUUGUAGCGUUGAACCAGGAUAGAGCUAAGGCAUCACAUUAUACUGCAGUACUGUUUACAAACUCUUACGUUAGUUAAAUACAUGGGUAGCUAGGCUUCACCAAAGAGGUACUUUCCUUC